AACUUGACACCUGGCUGCGCGGGUGCAUUUGCCAUCGUUUUACCCCCUGAAAGCCCAUUUAAAAAGGAAAGAGACGCGUCCGGCGCUCCUGACUCCGUCCCCUCUCUCAGAAUACGCCAGCUUUCUCUCCGGCUGCUCCGCCGCUCACUCAGGAUCGGCAUAAAUGAAUGAACCACACGGGAUUAUCAGCACACAGUCGCGCAGGGAAACUCUCUGUCAAAAAGGACAACCCGGGGGAUUUUAUGUUGGACCUGACAGGCGACUGAACAUGAUUUUUGGCCUCUGGAACGUCCCAUCACCAACGGUGUCCAAUGCGUAAAGCGGCCACCGGCGUUUUCUGCGCGCCUCGCAAAGGAGUCACGCUGUGAUUAACGGAUCAGGUUUUUGACUGGCAGGACAAAUGAAUACAAAUGAAUUUAGGCACCCGAAGGAGAGAUUGCAGAACCUCUCAUCUAGAUACAAAGAGAGCCCUAUUGCUCUGUACGGUGUUCUAUUGUACUUGUUACCUGGGACUCACACAAGUACACUCUGAAGAUGUCGACAUCCUUCAGAAGUUGGGGCUUAAGGGAGAGAAGCCUUCGCGCUCCGUUCCAACAGGGGUCAUUCCGUUCAGAUCGGGGAUUAUCCUCACCCAACGGGCGCACAUUGAGUCUCCGUUGGGCUCAAUCCUUCCAGCGGCCAUCUGGCCCAAAUUGGCACUGGUCCUGAGUGUACGGUCACACCGUGUGAACAGCGCUUUCCUCUUCACUGUGCUUUCAGGCAACAAGAAACUUCUUCUUGGUCUGCAGCUUUUGCCGGGCAGUCUUGUACUACACACGGGACCAAACACCUCAGUGGCGCUGCCCUAUGAGCCUCAUGAUGGUCAGUGGCACCAACUGGCAGUAGGAAUCAAUGAACAGAGAGUGACUCUAUAUGCCUCCUGCGGAGAGCAGAAAGUUCAGGCAGACUUUGGGUGGGACACUGAGGAGGGACUAGCUCCAGAGCUCCAAGGCUCCUUUCUGCUGGGGCGGACAAGCCAGCAGCAUGCAUCAGCAUACUUUGAAGGAGCUAUUUGCCAGUUAGAUUUGGUCCCUUCUGCACAGGCAGCUCAUAACUACUGCAAGUACAUAAAGAAACAGUGCAGGGAAGCUGACACAUACAGGCCUAACCUUUCACCUUUACUCCCUAUUCUACCAAGAGCAACAAACAUCACAGCUACUGCUGCCACUCCGAAGCGUGGUGGUCUAGAAACAUCCAGAAAGUCGACAGGGUUGAGCCUUGCCAAAAGUGUUGCUGCUGCUGCGUCAGCUGUCAGAUAUGUGGCCUCGCCCAGAACAAUAAAACCAAAUCAGAGGACUACCCCCACUCCCCUGCUGGUCACAGCAAUGCCAGUCACAUCCCAUUUUGGUUUGGUGGCCCCAUCUCCUAAGACCAGGACAGAAACUGUAACGACACCACUCAGGACAGCAGCCUCACACACAAAAUCACCAACCCCAAGACCAAAAGCUUCAAAUCAGGAAACCCCCAAACCACCCAAACCCACUCCGCAGAAGAGCUCAAACAGCCCCAAAAAGACAACAGCAGGAACAGACAAGAAGAAACCUACUACUCCAGCCACUAUCACAACAAAAAAACCAGAGACCAAAUCUGUCUCUGUCCUGCGUGGCCAAGCUAAAGUCCUGAACAAACCACAACCCACAACAUCCAAGAAAACACUCCCAAAACCUAAAGUUUCUCCGUCCAAAGCCACUCAGCCAAAAUCCAAAUCAAUUCCUGUCAAAGUUGCUCCUUCUAAACCAACAAAAACCAAAGUUAGUUCCUCAAAAUCAACAACUCCCAACCCUACAAACGGAAAAUCGUUCAAACAAGCCUCUAAACUGACAAUCAAGCCAACAAAGAAAACCAAAACUACAAAGGCUCCACGACCUACCAAGCCUUCAUACAACACAGUUACACCACCUGCCACUGAUGGCUUCCUGAGCUGGGAGGUGCCACCAACUCAGUUUUCAAUGCUGGCGGGACCUGUGGGACAGAAAGGAGACAAAGGCCACUCGGGACUACCAGGACCUCCAGGGAAACCAGGCCUACCAGGCAAGAGGGGUCCUCGGGGUGAACCUGGUCCCCAUGGGAACCCUGGCCGACCUGGUGCUCCUGGGCUCAAGGGUAAAAAAGGAGACCCUGGCAUCUCACCUGGUCCAGCACCUAAAGGAGAAAAGGGAGAUUCAGGGAUAAUAGGCCUUGUUGGACUGCCUGGCCAGGAGGGCCGAAUGGGACAGAAAGGUCACCCUGGUCCACCUGGACUUCCUGGAGAGCCUGGAGAGCAAGGUCCAAUCGGAAGCCCAGGUGCCAAAGGUUAUCCUGGCAGGCAGGGUUUACCAGGGCCGAUAGGACCAGUGGGGCCUAAAGGCGUUCGGGGUUUCAUUGGAAUCCCAGGCCUUUUUGGCCUGCCUGGGUCUGAUGGCGAAAGAGGUAUUCCAGGCGAACCAGGGAAGAGGGGCAAGAUGGGUAGGCCGGGGUUUCCGGGGGACUUUGGGGAGAGAGGACCACCUGGACCAGACGGAGAGCCGGGUGACAUGGGAGCCCCGGGUCCAAACGGAGUUCUUGGACUUAUUGGUGAUAUGGGACCUGUGGGAGAAAUAGGCCUUCCAGGACCUGCUGGACUGAAGGGGGUUCCCGGAAAUCCUGGAGAACCAGGACUGAAAGGUGAUAAGGGGGAAAUAGGGAUUCCUGGAGACCAAGGGGAGAUUGGGUACAAAGGAGAUAAGGGCAUCCAAGGAGCUCCGGGGUUACCGGGCAUCCGCGGAAAACCAGGACCACAGGGAAAGCUUGGAGAAAAAGGCCCUGACGGUGCAUCUGGGCCACCAGGCCCUGAGGGUUUCCCUGGUGACAUGGGACCACCAGGAGAGAACGGCCUUGAAGGACCAAAGGGAAAACCAGGGGCCAGAGGUUUACCAGGGCCACGAGGAAUUCCAGGUCUGGAGGGUGACGAGGGCCCCCUUGGGCCACCGGGACCAUCAGGACUAGAGGGUAGAAUGGGAAGAAAGGGAUUUCCUGGGGUUGUUGGUCCAGAGGGAGUUAAGGGUGAACCCGGUAUCACAGGACAGGUCGGGCCCAUGGGAGAAAGAGGUUUGGUAGGUUUUAUCGGACCUGUGGGAGAGGCUGGACUGGCAGGAGAGAAGGGCGAUCGAGGGGAAACGGGCCUUCCUGGACCACCUGGAGUAAAAGGAUCAACGGGUCAUCCGGGGACGCCAGGUGAGACCGGGCCUCCUGGACCACCAGGAAGACCAGGCCCUUCUGGAUCAACUGGGCCAUCUGGUACCAGAGGACCUAAGGGCUUGCGGGGUGCAAUAGGGCCUGACGGUCCAACAGGAGAGAUGGGGUCAGAGGGCAAGAAGGGUCACGAUGGGCCUCCAGGAAAAAUAGGUUUCCCAGGAUCACAGGGAAUGAUUGGAGAGCUAGGAGAAACUGGGCCUAAAGGCUUUCCUGGAAUUCAAGGACCUUCUGGACCACCAGGGGACAAAGGAAUAGCUGGCGAGCCGGGACCACCUGGACCACCUGGGACUGUUGGACUGUUGGGAGAAAUUGGUCAAAAGGGUCCUCCAGGAAAGGAUGGUGAACCAGGGCUGCCAGGAGAGCCUGGGGAGAAGGGGGCUACUGGACCUGCUGGAAACAUUGGAGAACAAGGAUUAAUAGGACAGAGGGGAGAGCCAGGCCCAGAGAGUGAAGCUGGUCCAGCCGGUCCUGAUGGAACAAAGGGUGAAAAAGGUGAUAUGGGUCAGGAGGGUGACACGGGUGAGAAAGGUGAAACUGGAUUAAAAGGAAAGGAAGGUUCAGCUGGUAAUCCAGGACUCACUGGCUUCAGGGGUCCUGAGGGGAAGUCUGGUAAAAUCGGAGAACAAGGCAAACCAGGACCAAAGGGUGCUAAAGGUUAUCUGGGUCAUCUUGGAGAGACUGGACCUGUGGGAAAGACCGGACCACCAGGAUUUGUUGGACCAAAGGGGUCGCGAGGGACUGUCGGACAUGCGGGAGCUCCAGGCCGAAUGGGUCAGCAGGGGGAGAUGGGCCUUUUGGGUUAUGAGGGUCACAAAGGACAACAAGGUCCAAUGGGACCUCCAGGACCAAAAGGUGAAAAGGGUCUCCAAGGAGAUGAUGGGAAAAAGGAAGGUCCUCCCGGUCCUCAUGGUCUUAUGGGACAUCCAGGUGACAGAGGAGAAAGAGGUCAACCAGGAGAUCCAGGGUACAAAGGUCAAAUUGGUGUGGAUGGGGAACGAGGCAGACCUGGAGCUUCUGGACAACCAGGGCAUGCUGGACCUAGAGGGCAUCAAGGACCCAAAGGGACCAAAGGAGAUCAAGGUCAGAAAGGUAAAAAAGGUCAAUCAGGACAAAAAGGAGUGAGAGGAUCAGAGGGUGGGGGUGGUCCUCCUGGUCCCAGAGGUGUGGUGGGCCCAGAGGGAAGGGAGGGGAUCCCCGGUUUGGACGGAGGCGUUGGAAAAGACGGCAGUAAAGGCAUUCCUGGAAAUCACGGCGAUGAUGGAGAGACAGGCCUUCCAGGUAAAUCUGGUGCUCAGGGUAAAACCGGAGUUCCUGGACUCCCAGGAGAUCAGGGAACCAUUGGACCAAAGGGUGAGCAGGGCCUUCGAGGCCAGAGCGGGUCUCCAGGAAAGAGAGGUUUCAAAGGUGGAAUGGGACUUCCAGGGUCACAGGGAGACCGGGGACCUAAGGGACAACCUGGUGACGUAGGGGAACAAGGUUUUCCAGGGAUUCUGGGAGUUUUUGGACCAAGGGGACCUCCAGGAGACUUUGGACCAAAGGGCAUACGGGGACCAAAGGGGCCACAGGGAUCAAUGGGCAGAGGAGGAGUCAUUGGCCCUGUGGGAAUUAUAGGUCCCAGUGGAAGUGCUGGUCCUCGAGGAGAAAAAGGCCAUCAGGGAGAAACAGGAUUUCAAGGUCCAAGGGUAUGUAUAGAUAUGAGAAUUACUUUCUUUUUGUUGGUUAUAAGUUAUGUAUAUUUUGAUGUGGUCAGUUUCAAACAUGUACUCUUUUUUUUUAUUCUUUUUUUUUUAAAUCAGGGAUCCCCUGGACCCCGUGGACUACCAGGACCUCCAGGUCCUCCAGGUGUCCCUCUGUCAUUUAAGGAAGAUGGUCUGUUGUUUGAUUCGCCCACCCCUCUCAGGACUAAGUAUAAACCAGUAAUGGACCUGCCGAUGCUAGACCAGGGCGCAGAGAUCUUUAAGACCCUCCACUACCUCAGUAACUUGAUCCAGAGCCUGAAGAACCCACUGGGAACACGGGAUAACCCCGCCCGCAUCUGCAGGGACUUGCACAGCUGUGAACAGAAGCUCAGUGAUGGGACUUAUUGGAUGGACCCCAAUCUUGGCUGCUCAUCUGAUAGAAUAGAAGUCACCUGCAACUUUACUGGAGGUGGACAGACUUGUGUCAAACCAGUAACAGUGUCUAAGCCAACUGUGACUGUUGGUCGAGUCCAGAUGAACUUCCUGCACCUUCUGAGCUCAGAAGCCGUUCAACACAUCAUCAUCCAUUGUUUGAACGUCUCGGUUUGGACGUCAUCUGAAGAUCUUGAGGAUGAGCGGGAGUCUGUGAGGUUCAAAGCAUGGACCGGGGAGGUGUUUGAAAAGGGAGGAGAACUCGAGCCAGAUGUUUUAGAAGAUUCCUGCUGGAUAAAAGAUGGCCGCUGGCACCAGACUCAUUUUGUCUUCCACUCCCUGGACCCCACCUUGCUCCCUGUGGUUAACAUCUACAACCUUCCAAAAAAUUCCCCUAGUUCACGGUACCACCUAGAAGUAGGUCCAGUUUGCUUCCUGUGAAGACCAUGGUGCUCUGAGCAGAAAGGGGAUGGACAAGCCACCCGUACGAGACAUAAUCAUGUAGCUGUGGAAACCAGAGCAGCUGUGUAAUCACUUCCUGUCCAAGUGAAGAAAUAAAGAUCCCCUUCAAGCAGAUGGAGCUUCACUACCAAACUCCCACUGGACUGCAUUCGCAAAAGGGAGGAAGCAUAGGGAGUAAAGGGGGAAAUACGGGAGCUAGAAAGAAGCAAGAGAGUUCUUGCACUAAUGGCUUCUCGGUACGGCAAAAGCUUCUCCAAACUUGUUAUGGUGGAUCUCCUCUGCUGGGAGACAUAAGGCCACACAACGUCUCCAGAACAUUGUCAGGUGAAGGGAGACCAGGCCGUAUACAGCAGUGAACAUUUAUAGUAACUUAUUUUUGCAACUGUAUACAUCCUGUAUACCGUGCGUAAUUUUCUGACAUUCAAUUCUGUCGGAGGAGAAAAUUGAAGUAAAUGGGACCUUGUAAAUAUAGAUAUAUAUUUAUAUGCUCUAUUAUUGAUUUUUAUACAUGUAUAUCUUAUGUAAAGAAAUAAUCUUUAAGUGCAAUAGAAGAUGAAAAGAUAGUCCUGUAUUUGGAACUUGGAAGGAUUUUUCAGGAGUACCAUUUUAUUUGUUUUUGGAGCUCAUCUCUUCAUAAUCUCACACAGAUAAUGUCUAUUAUUAUUAUUAUUAUUAUUAUUAUUAUUAUUAUUAUUAUUAUUAUUAUUAUUAUACAAAUCAUUUUUCCAAUGUCCUUCUUGAUGAAGGUAAAUCAGUGACAUUUUUAAGAUCUCCACAGAAACCACACACUGAAGCAAGCGUCUUGACCGAUUGCUGUCAUUAUUCCUCACUGAUUAUUAAAUGAAAUGCCACUGACGAUUAGUAAGAUUUAGGAGACAAAGUGUCAUAUUGAGUAAGAACAAAAGUGGAGUUCUCAGUUUUACUAAAUCUUCCAACUGUUGAUUAUAAAGAUUUAUUGCUUAUUGGUUUAUAAUCAAACCUGGAGGAGUAGUUCAUACUGAAAACCAGCUGAUUUUACAGCAAACAGACCACAGGUUCUGGUAACAUAAGUGAUUGUUUUAUGAUUAUCGGCUGUGCGGCGCUUUGGUCAGCUCACAUGCUGUGUUAAGUGCGCUAUAUCAAAUAAAAUGGUAUAAUAUGGUAACAUUGGGGAGAGAACUGAACCAUAACCGGCUCUCCCAUGUUUCCUCUUAUAUGGUGCUAAAUAACAUUUCCAAGGUGCUAACCGCAGUGCUGAUUUUACACCACUUUUUGCUAAAUAAAUCAAAUGCUCAUGUUCUAUUAUGGCUUGGAUAAAAAAAAUGUGUGUAUAUAAAAUAUUACUAUUCCUUCCAUGUUAAUUACGCAUGAAAUAAUUUAAAUAAUGUCUUGAUUAUUUAAAUCUGUUUUUAUCUGUUGCUGCAUUUUGGGAGUCUGUUUCAUCAAAACACAACUAAAAUAUAAAUAUUAACAUAUGUAAGAAAACUGAUUCCUGUUUUUAUAUCAAGUAUAAACUACAGGGUCUAAAGUAUUUCUAAGAAUAGAAUUAUUUGCAUAUGUACAAAAGCCCACUGAGCUGUAUGUAAUUUUAUUAGAAAAUAGUAAAGAUAGUUUUUAUUAAAAAUGUUAACAAAAAAUUUAAGAAUAAACAAUGUUUUGUUGUAGCUGGAAAAAAGUGUGUAUAAUUUUGUAACUCUUGCUGUACACAGUAAAUCCCCUCUUGCUAAUUUAAUGUUAUUUAAUGUUAUUAAUGUGGUUGCAGACUGAGCAAAUUUCUAGUCGUCAAGCCAAAACUCUGACAACGUUUUGUAUCAGUUGUCCCAACUGGUCUUGGAGUUUAUAGAUUUCUGUUUAUGUGUAAAUUUGGGGCUUUGCAGAACAAAUUUAUUUCAAUAUAUUGUCUUUUAUUUUUUAAAAAUAUUUCAUGUUCUUCUUUUUAUGAUAAUCAACCAUGUACUGUACGAGGGCUGUUAUACAACAUGUUUUUAAUGAAUUACGCAAAUAUGUGAAAAAUAAUUUCUUCUUUUUUUUCUUUGAAAUAAGUUAAGAAUACCUCAUAAUUUUACAUGAGACUUAGAGCAAAGAUGUUCUGUUGCAUAUAUUAUUAAAAUCUGUUUUAAAACAAUUAUCAGCCAAAUGCAGCAAGUCAUUCAACUCUGAUUAUUUCUGGUGCAUUCAUUCUUACCUUCGUAAUUGUUCAGUGUCAAUUUGUUCAAUAAAAACAUAUAAUUUG